AUGUUCCGAAGCCUCCUUCCCAUACUCCUCGUCGUCGGCGCCGUGUAUGCGCAAACGGCGUCCUAUAGCGGCUGCCAUAGCCACGGAAGCAUCGAGUACUGCUUUGGUCCUGAUGGCGAGGAGACUGCCAUGUCGACGCAGGCUACGGCCACCGCGACGUCCGUGACUGCCAGUACGACCGCAUCUGCGGACUCAUCUGCUAUCACGGGGUGCCACAACCACGGAAAUGAUGUGUAUUGCAUCGAAAGCGACGGGUCCGAGGUCCAAGUGUCUUUGGAGUCGACUCCGACGGGUGAACUGCCGGCACAGUACACGGGGUGUCACUCCCACGGGGGGGAUCGAUUCUGUAUGGAUCCCGACGGCAAUGAUGUCCAGAUCCUUGCGGAAGGCGAGUCCACGUCGGACAGUGAUAGCGGGGACAGCGAGUCUGGGGAGUCUGCGGGUCAGAACUGUCAUUUCCAUGCUGGUGUUGAACACUGUGUCGGAGCUGGCGAGUCUGAACACUCUAGCGAGCCGUCCUGCGGCGUGCAGACCCGUGACUACGAUAUGCCCUUGCGAAUCGGCACGCUGUUCGUUAUUCUCGUCACCAGCGCCCUGGGUGUCUUCCUGCCCAUGCUGCUGGUAAAGCUACCCUCGCAGAAGAUCAACGUGAUGUUUUCGACUGUGAUCAAGCAGUUUGGAACGGGUGUGAUUCUAUCGACGGCGUUUGUCCAUCUCUACACCCACGCCAAUCUCAUGUUCACCAACAACUGCCUCGGCGAGCUCGAGUACGAGGGAACCACCUCGGCGAUCGUCAUGGCAGGAAUCCUCCUCUCCUUCCUCACCGAAUACAUUGGACACCGGAUCCUCCUCGCCCGACACGGCAGACACGGCGCCACUGCAGCACACACACCAGACAGCGAAACCAUAACUGAGAACGGACACAAAACCGACGCCGUUCAACAACCUGGGGCCCACACGCUCGCGCAUCUCGGCCACAGCCACGGCCCGCACGACCCAACCCAACCGAACACUAAACUCUCGGUGCUGGUCAUGGAAGCCGGCGUCAUCUUCCACAGCAUCCUGAUCGGGCUCACGCUCGUCGUGGCCGGUGACUCCUUCUACAAGACACUACUGGUGGUGAUCGUCUUCCACCAGUUCUUCGAGGGCCUGGCGCUAGGCGCGCGCAUCGCCGUUUUGCCCGGCAAGGUCUUCCCAAGCAAAACAAUCAUGGCGACAGUGUUUGCGCUAAUCACGCCCAUCGGGAUGGCGAUUGGCAUGGGGGUGAUUCAUUCGUUUAACGGGAAUGAGCGGAGCACGUUGUUGGCGCUGGGGACUUUGGAUGCGCUGUCGGCGGGGAUUUUGGUCUGGGUAGGACUGGUGGAUAUGUGGGCGAGAGAUUGGGUGAUCGAGGGUGGGGAGUUGUUGAAUGCCCCCGUGGGCCAGGUGCUUACUGGUGGGGUUUCUUUGAUCGCGGGCAUGGUGUUGAUGUCCUUGUUGGGGAAGUGGGCUUGA